GGCGGGAGUGGUGGCUCGGUUCCGCUCCGCCUCGCUAUGUUGCGCGGCGGGCCGGGCCUGCUGGGCGCCCUCACGGCGCUGCUGGGCGCGCUGCUGGCGCUGAGCCGCAGCCCGGCGCUGUCCUGCCUGGCGCCGGCCGGGCUCUACCUGGCGCUGCGGCUCUUCAGCCUGGAGCCGGCGCCGCUGUCGCGGGCCCAGCACGUCCUGCAGCCGCGCGGCGCCGCCGCCCGCAUCGCCCACCGCGGCGGCGGCCACGACGCGCCCGAGAACACGCUGGCGGCCAUCAGACAGGCAGCUGAGAAUGGAGCAACAGGUGUGGAGCUGGACCUUGAAUUUACUGCAGAUGGUGUUCCCAUUCUAAUGCAUGAUGACACAGUGGAAAGGACAACCAAUGGGUCUGGGAGUUUACGUGACUUGACAUUUGAUGAAAUUAGGAGACUUAAUCCAGCUGCAAAACACAGACUAUGGAGAGAUUUCCGGGGCGAAAAAAUCCCCACGCUGAAAGAAGCUGUUAUGGAGUGUCUGCAGCAUAACCUCAUUAUCUACUUUGAUGUCAAGGGCCAUGCAAAUCAGGCAGUCAGCGCCCUUACCCUUCUCUACCUGGAAUAUCCUCGUUUGUACAACAGUAGUAUCGUCUGUUCUUUCAUGCCAGAUGUUGUCUAUAAGAUGAGGCAAGCUGAUGGAAAUGUCCUAACAGCACUAACCCAUCGGCCAUGGAGCCUUAGUCAUUUUGGAGAUGGGAAACCUCGUUUCAACAGCUUUUGGAAGCACUACUGGUAUAUGAUGAUGGAUGUCAUUUUGGACUGGAGCCUGCACAAUUUCUUGUGGCACCUGUGUGGGGUUUCAGCUUUCCUCAUGCAGAAAAAUUACAUUUCUCAAGAGUAUGUGAGGCAGUGGUCUUCUAAAGGAGUGCAAGUGGUUGCCUGGACAGUGAACACAUUUGCAGAAAAAAUGUACUAUGAGACUGUCCUUGAAGUCAGCUACAUUACAGACAGCCUGCUGGAGGACUGUGAUCCCCACUACUAGGCUUAGGCCUGAUGGGACACUUCCAUGGAUUUAAAUAUCCUUCUUGUUCAGGCAGAUCUGAGUUCAACACCAAAGGCUCCACAUCUGCGAAUGGGACUGAACAACCUGAGGUGUUCUGCUUGUAUCGUUAUGAAUAGAACUUGAAUCACAACCAAACCCUCUCAGUGUCACUAUACUGGCAAAGUCUGAGCCGCAAUCAUUGUAAGUCCAAGGGGAAAUGAUUCUGCUUUUUAAUCGGAGGAAUCUGUAGUGUAGUCUGCAGGGAUCAACUGAUUUCACAAGUUAGCACAUGCGGGUGGCUCACACUUUUUAUAAUCAAACUAUUCCUUUUAUUGGUUUAAAUCUUGGUAUUAAAUCAUGGCAGCAGCUUUCUGAAGGCCUAAUUUAAAACUGAAUAUUAAUGGUUCUAGUACAUUAAGCAAUCUGCUCCUCAUGUAUGUGACAGUUUGGGGACCUGUUAAAAGCAUGUGGUACACUUAUCCUUAUAUGGCAACUGACAAUAGUGCCAUCACUGUUAGAGGCUGAAUAUACUUCACUCCUACAGGAUGGAUAGGAUGACUGUUGCAGUGAUCUGCUCGUUGCAAACAACAUGCUAAAACUUUGAUACAUGAUGGGCAAACUUGAGUGUCUCUUUAGCAUUCAGUCCUAAGUCUGAUAUAUUUUUAAAAGUUGAUAGAGGAUAGAGAGGUGCUUCCUUCUUGUGAUCUAUACCAGAAUCAUUUUUAAAUAAAAUGCUGCCUUCAAGCUGUUGUUAGCCAUAGGCCAAGUUGUGGGCGAAAUGCCUUCUUGAUGUUUGCUGCUAAAUUGUUUGCACAGUUGAAGGGCUUUUAAAGGGUGUAAGGAUCCUGUCAGUUAAGUUUACCUUUAAAUCAAAGGGGUCUGAACGUGGAAUAAACAAGGCUCAGAGCUAGUGCAUACUAUACCUGCUGUGGGUGUGGAUAGUUAAACAAUUAUACUGCUUAAAUCAAAUGCUGGACUUGCUGCAGUUCAGCGGAAUCUGCCCUAACUCUUUCCUGCAGCACAAGUGGAAGUUAAACUUAGACAGAUUACUCCAAAACAAAACAGUGUUAAUUUACUGCGGUUUAUCUCUGCUUACUAUGGGAUGGGAGCAGACACACCAAUUACAAUAGAUCAGCUGAUGUACACUCGCAAACAGCAAGUCUUAUCACAGCCUAUGUGUAUAUGCUAUGAGAACAAUUCCUCUGUUACCAGGAGGGGAAAUGUGAAAGUGGUCCUUAUCAAUCAAGGUCUACAUUGCCCCUAUUAUGAAUAGGGGUCUGCUUAAAUUCACAGUUUUCAUGGAAACCGUGAAAAAUGGCAUUGUCCACAAUCGCCAGGAAAUACUGCAUUGGCUGCAAUUUCCCCACAAAAUCAGCCUAAAAAAACCCCCAUUGUAUUAUAUAAUACACUGUUUUUGAAUGUCCCAAUGCUUACUUCAAUAUAACAAUCACUACUCCCAUAGAUCACAUGAUUAGGAGUUACUGUCUGCUAAUGGUGUAGACUAAGUGAAGGUGCCAGUCAGUGAAGUAAUUACGCCUCUGUCAAUCAACAGUGAGGGGCAGGGCCCUGGGAACUGCCUAUGAAAUCGGCUCUUCAUGCCACGACUUAGGCACAAAAAUUGCUUUGUCCGGUCACAAGUUGAGUAGACCACUAAUUAUGAAUACCACUGACUUGCCAUCAGCAGAUACAGCUCUACUGUGGAUGGAAUCAGUAGUUAGAGAGCAUCAAACAGCACAGCUGUAGCAGGAAACUCUUAUGGUGCUACAUUUAACAUAAUCAGACAGUUUUAAAAGAGAGAGAGACAGGGAAAAUUAUCCAAGUCUCAUUACUCACAUCCAGAACAGCUUCAUUUUAAAAGUAGAGAAGUUUAAAACAACUUGGUUACCAGCUACUGGAGGUGACCACUGAGAUGUAGCCUAACGAGGUAUCAUUAGACCAGGGGUGUCAAACUCACCUGGCCCCCCAAGACAAAUCCAGACUGCAGGGCUCCUUGCAGGCCAGAUCCAGACACAGCGGCAGGGCUAGCAGCGUUAGGGAGUCACAGAGUUAACACAGUCAUUGCUCACUCAACUUCAGAUUCUCAAUUUCCCUAGAAGCCCUGUGGGCCAAACAAAGCUGCUGCCUUAGACUAACAUACACAGCUGCAUGUGCUCCAAGAGCAAGGGUGACCACACUUUAGCAUGCAACUAGUUCCUAGUGAGUAGUGAAUGGUAACUCCACCAUUCCUUAUCUUUGGCCCCAGACAACAUGGCUCAAUGACUAGUCACUUUAAGGAUCUAUUGUACCCUUCCAGACUAAGCAGACUUCUGACUACAUAGGUCAACCUAUUUUUGGCUUGUGUGCCACUUCACUCCCUUUCUAGUGCCUGAACAGCUACUCUGCUCCCUGCCCCAUGUUCCUUGUCCAAUCUGCUGUUCUGCUUACUGCUCCCUGACAUCUCUGCCACUGCACUGCUGCUCCCCUCCCUGAACUGCCACGUGCCACACAAAGGCUGCCUGUGCCCCUUGUGACAUAGGUGCCACAGGUUGGCCACCCCUGAUGUAAAUGAUGUUUGAUACUUAUGUGCUACAACUCAAUGACAAAAGUGAAAUAAAACACAUUGUUUUCUGUAUUAGCUGAGGGUUACUUGAUGUAGCUAACUAAUGAUUAAAAUCUACACCCAUAAGUUAGGGAGAGUCUAUACGAGGUACCUAAUAUCAGUAAUAUUUGUUCAUACAGCUUUUCAGAGUGACUCAGCUCUGUAGUGACAGCUCACUGUAUGCUGCUAUCGGAAUAUAACUGAAGGAAGAAUAGGUGCAUGUGGGCAGCACAACAUCAGAUAACAAAUAAUGCCAUACUACAUUUUGUCACUGCACAGUGAAGCUGAAAUGAUAAAGUACAGCCUGUUUGUUACAAGUUCAGUUGCAUGGAGAGUCCAUUUUCAAUACAUCUUUUUUUUUCCAAAUUAAUAGUUUUUCCUAUUGUGUUUUCCUGCAAAAAGUCUGCAUAAAACAUCACUCAUGCAUAGAGUAGAAAGUUGCUCCUAUAGUAAUUAGGCUAGUGACUUGUCUUCUAAUAGAUUCUCUUGUAACACUUUACCAGUUACUGCAAGACUGAGAACAUGGAAGAUGGACUACUUAUAUCCCAUUAUAAGGUAAUAUUUGGCAAAGGGAAUCUCUUAUGGUAGCCAUUUUUGCACUCUGUUCUAAUUGAUUCCUUGAACUGACUGGCACUAAGUGGUCUAGCUUCCUUUUCCUUCAGCAAUACAAACACAUGCAAAGUAAAUGCAGUUUGCCACUCUCAAUUAACUGGCUAAGACUUUGAGCACUAAAAAGAGGUGCUCUGUCUCUGCAGUUAUGGGGGUGGGUAGGAUUCUUUUGCUUCCAGCAGGUAUAGUUCAAAAAAGGAUUUUUUACUCUUUUUAGCAACCCAUUGAGUAUUUAAAGAAGCUAAAACAAGCAUUCUUGGACUAAGCACAUUUAACAAGAAAGCAAAAUAGGGCUGUCAAAUGAUUUAAAAAAUUGAUUGUGCUUAGUUACUUGAUUAAAAAAAAUAGUUGCAAUUAAUCACAAUUUUAAUUGCACAGUUAAAAACUCAAAAUUAUGUAAAAUUAAACAGGUACUUUGUAUAGCUGGGGGGGGAGGGCUGGAGCCUGUGGAGGGGGGUCCCUGCAUACCCUGGCAGCAUACAGGCAUUGUGGGUCAGGAGAGAGGGGCAGCAGCAGGGCUAGGAGGGCUGUGGCUUGGGAGUGAGGGGCAGGGGCAGGGCACAGGCAUAUCACUUAACCCCUCCCCCUCCCCCCAGUGUCCUCUUUUUUUUAAAUUGGGAAUAUGGUAACCCUACAAGAAUGCAACCCAGCAGUGUGUAGCGCAGAGCCCAACAGGUAAGUCUGUGGAGGAUAAUGGGUGGGAGGGGGAGAUUGAGGCCCCCACGGUGAGUGAGUGAGUCGGGCAGGCACAGGCUGGACUGAAUGGGGCCCUGGGGCUUGGGCAGGUCAUGGGACAGCUGUGGGUGACUCGUCCAGGGCUGCAGGGGGGCAUGGCUCCCCACUUCUGUGGACACCCCUGGGGGAGCCAUGCGGGGGCAUGUGGCUCCUGGAUUUGUGUGUGGAGUGGAGCAGGGCUGCUGUAGUGCACUGGGGCUCUGUGCCCUGCUGCCUUUGCCCUGGGAACUGUGCGCUGACUGCACUACCUAUCCCCAUCUGCCUGGCAGCGGGAGGCACAAUAUGGCAUGUGACUCCUGGGGCAAAGGCAGCAGGACGCAGAGCCCCAGCCUGCAGCCCGCCUCCACUCCACACACAAAUCCAGGGGGCACAAACUACAAAUCACUACAAACACUUUGCAAGCGAACAGUUUUUUGCAGGCCUAAAGGGGGAGUAGGGGCUGCUGUAACCUGAGCCAAGGGGACAUGUCUGCAGCAGUUAAUUCCCCAAGACAGCUAAAAGUUUGCUAUAAAAUCCAGUGUUAUAGGCAGGCUUCCAAGUGCCAGUUUUGCCAAUAGAAUUUUAACCUCGGAAAGCUGCCAGCUGCAGAAGUUUUCAUUUGAAAUAAAGUGGGAGCCCUAGGUAAAGGGAAAACUACAACACUGGCUUGCUGUAUAGCUGGGCAGUCUCCCACUUGGACUAUAGGGGCUUCUUUAAAAUCUUUCUUGGCCACAUGACAGGCACCCUGCCUUUUAAACCAUCAACCUUUCCCAGCUCAGUCUGUUGCAGGAAUAGGCCAUAGAUCCUCCAAAGACUGCAGUCUUGCUUGUGUAAAUCUUACCUUGUCUUUUUCUCACAAAUUCAGCUGUUGCUUCUGUCUCUGCUCUAGACUGUAAGCUCCUUGUGGCAGGAAUAUGUCUUCCUUCUAGUCUACCACUUAUGCUGCUGCUGAGUGGUAGUUUAAAUUGUCACACAGGAAGAAAGCAAAAAAUCUUUAAGCAAGGGAAAUGUGAAAUGAUGGUGAUGACAGCAGUAGCAGCCCAAUGCCAGGGUAUAUUCUUAAAUGAGGGAGAGUGCAUAAAAAACUGAAGCAUGAAGAGAGUCAUUUAAAAAAAAUGUCUAGGAAUGAAAAACAAAAGUUUAAAUGAAUUGAUAAAGGUCAUCAUAGCCAAGCAGUGGCUUUGGAAACACAAGUCACAGCUGCUGCAGGUGCUGCAACAGAAACAGUAAUUCACCAAGCACUGCAAACCCACAGAAACAAAGAGUCAUUACAUUAACAAUUUCCAAAGUAUUCAACAAUCAUGACCCUUUAUUUACAUUUUAUGUUAUCUUGAUGUGGACCAGAGCUGGGGUUCCCACAUACAUGAGGGAAAAGGAUUACUGUGGCAGUUGAGCAAGCAAAGUCACAGUAAAGAACAGCUUUUAAUCAGAAUUUUUACCCUGAAGUUUUGUUUUAAGAUGGCUAAACCCUCUGUCAAAAAUGGUUCCACAGAGCAAGCUCCUUGCUUUGAAAGAGAACUGCUGAAGAGAGACUUUAGAACUAACUGAGUCAAUUUUACAUUCACUGUUCUGGCUCACAGGUCACUUUAAUAGCCACUUAAAUAGAUAAAAACCUGUUUAUUUGAUCAAUACUUCAUUUUUGUUCCUUUAAAUCAGGUCAGAGUAGCCUGAACAAAGCAAGUCAGCUAUACAAAUACCAUUGAGUUUCACACUAUUGUACUGUGCAUUUGCUCUCAGGCACAAGUUACAUGGUUACAAUAAAUAUUUCCUCCUCACCUGCUCAGUCUGCAUACUUCAGCAAAGAUUUAAAUAGCAGGUGCUAGGGAGAGAGCUGCUAUUAUUGACAUUUCUUUUCUUUUUGUUAAAACUGUACAGUAUAUUUACUAUGAAAUUACAUAAUUAAACCAAAACUGACAAAGUGCA